AAUUUAAGUAUUUGGAUUAAUCGAUGAUUUAACAUGGUAUUAGAAUUAAUGGUGUAGGAAGACCUGUAUUCAAACUCUUGUAAUGUUAUUUCCUCCCUAAUUAAUAUUGAUUUCUACUUGUUGAGUUUUCUACAUAUUUCAAGUCCACAGGUGAGAGAAAGUGUUAGAUGAUAUAAUAAUAAAUUUACCUUCACUCGUCAGCUUAAGUUUUUGUGUCAAUUAUACCUCAUAAUUUACAUGUUCCUUGUUGUGAUUGUGGGGUCUUCAAAAUAUUUGACAGGCUCAUUCCUUCCUUCUGAACAUUGGGAGAUUAAUCUUUCCUCGAUAUUAAUUCAUAGAGAAUGCCUAUUCAUAUUGGUUGUUAUGCAUGUAUAAUGGCCUGACUAACUUUCCUCCAUAUGUAUAGACUGGCAUUGAUCCAGGGCAAUACCCAUCCCUCACAUGGCAACGAAAAUUAAACAGGGAAGGAGUCCCACUUUGGCAGUUCAGGUUGCAUCUGAAAGAGAUAAUUCAUCUGGCUCCGGUAGGGUUUAGGCUAAUCCGCUAUAUCCGAGAAGAAUCUGUCAAAGGAAGGGGGGCUAUGAUAAAUCCUUUUAUUAGACGCCGUAUAACUGAUACUCAUGGCAUUCCUCUAGGUGGUCUUGGAUCAGGAAGCAUCGGAAGAAGUUACCGAGGUGAAUUUCAACGCUGGCAACUAUUCCCUAGAAAAUGUGAAGAUAAGCCAAUUUUAGCAAAUCAAUUUUCUGUUUUCGUCUCACGACCGAAUGGGGAGAAGUAUUCUACUGUACUAUGUGCACAGAGCCCUGAAACCCAGAGGGAAGUUCAAUCAUCAGGCAUCGGAUCUUGGGACUGGAAUUUGAAGGGUCAUCGGUCUACAUAUCAUGCUUUGUAUCCUCAAGCUUGGACAAUAUAUGAUGGUGAACCGGAUCCAGAAUUAAGAAUAGUUUGCCGUCAAAUUUCACCUGUUAUUCCCCAUAAUUACAAGGAGAGCAGUUACCCUGUCUCAGUUUUUACUUUCACGCUGCAUAAUUCUGGAAAAACAGACGCCGACGUCAGUUUGCUUUUCACCUGGGCAAAUUCAGUUGGAGGGCUUUCUGAGUAUUCUGGUAACCAUAUCAAUUCGAGAACAAAGAAGAAAGAUGGUGUGCAUGCUGUGCUUCUACAUCACAAGACAGCAAGUGGAUUUCCCUCCGUGACUUACGCUAUCGCUGCACAGGAGGGUAAUGGGGUUCACGUCUCAGAUUGUCCUUGUUUUGUAACAUCUGGUAACUUCCAGGGUAUAUCGGCCAAGGAUAUGUGGCUUGAGAUGAAACAGCAUGGAUCCUUUGACCAUCUUAACUUUGCUGAUAUGUCAAUGCCAUCUGAAGUGGGUUCAUCCAUUGGUGCGGCUAUUGCAGCUUCAGUUACAGUUCCACCUGAUGCCAUGCGUACCGUAACAUUUUCGUUGUCAUGGGACUGUCCUGAAGUGAACUUUUGUAGAGGAAAAACUUAUCACAGGCGUUACACAAAAUUCUACGGUAACCUUGGAGAUGCUGCUGCCGAUAUUGCACGUGAUGCUAUACUAGAACAUCGUCACUGGGAAUCUCAAAUUGAUGCUUGGCAAAGACCUGUGUUUGAAGACAAGAGGUUUCCAAAAUGGUAUCCUGUUACUCUCUUUAACGAGCUUUAUUAUCUAAAUGCAGGAGGGACAAUCUGGACAGAUGGGUCACUUCCAACUCAGAGUUUCGUAAGCUUUGGGGAAACGGGAUUUUGCCUUGAUCAAUGCAGAUCUGGUCUGAAGAGUGUAAUUCAUGAAUCCAAUGAAAAUGACACUGCUAAUGAUAUUCUUGGGAGGAUGACUUCAAGACUCGAUGAGUUACGCAAUUCAGUCGCAUCAAAUUCUGCAUUUGGAGUAAAUCUGCUUCAAAAGGGAGAGGAGAAUGUUGGCCAGUUCCUUUAUCUUGAAGGAAUUGAAUACACAAUGUGGAAUACCUAUGACGUUCAUUUUUACUCCUCUUUUGCAAUAAUAAUGCUAUUUCCAAAACUUGAACUCAGUAUACAGCGAGAUUUUGCCGCAGCAGUGAUGAUGCACGAUCCCAGCAAGAUGCAACUUCUAGAUAAUGGGAAAUGGGAGGCAAGAAAUGUUCUUGGAGCUGUUCCUCAUGAUAUCGGAGUUAAUGACCCGUGGUUUGAAGUAAAUGGAUAUAACCUAUAUAAUACGGAUAGGUGGAAGGACUUGAAUCCAAAAUUUGCCCUCCAAAUUUAUAGGGAUGUUGUUGCCACAGGGGAUAUGAAAUUUGCAAAGGCUGUCUGGCCCUCUGUGUAUCUUGCCAUAGCUUAUAUGGACCAGUUUGAUCGAGACGGUGAUGGGAUGAUUGAGAAUGAUGGGUUCCCUGAUCAGACUUAUGAUACAUGGUCCGUCACUGGUGUUAGUGCAUACAGUGGUGGUUUAUGGGUGGCAGCCUUGCAGGCUGCUUCGGCCCUUGCUCGUGUAGUUGAUGAAAAGGAUGCUGAACACUAUUUUUGGUUCAAAUUUCAGAAGGCAAAACGUGCCUAUGAGAAAUUGUGGAAUGGUUCUUACUUCAACUAUGACAGCAGUGGUGGGAGUUCAAGUUCAUCUAUUCAAGCUGAUCAGUUGGCUGGACAAUGGUAUGCAAGAGCUUCAGGUCUUCUUCCCAUUGUUGAUGAAGACAAGGCCAAGAGUGCACUGGAGAAGGUAUACAACUACAAUGUGUUGAAGGUGAAGGGUGGGAAGCGCGGUGCAGUAAACGGGAUGCUUCCUGAUGGAACGGUAGACUUCUCAUCAAUGCAAUCAAGAGAAAUAUGGUCAGGAGUGACAUAUGCAGUUGCGGCUUCAAUGAUCCAUGAAAAUAUGACUGAUAUGGCAUUUCAAACAGCAGAAGGCAUCCAUGAAGCUGCAUGGUCAGAAGAUGGUCUGGGAUACAACUUUCAGACACCAGAAGCUUGGACAACUACGGAUCGGUACCGAUCACUGUGUUACAUGCGACCUCUUGCAAUUUGGGCAAUGCAAUGGGCAUUUUCAGAAAAAGUAUCCAUGAUUGAGGAGUUGAAAGAACUCGAUAACAAUGCUGUAUUAAGACACCAUGCUAAGUUUUCGAAAGUUGCCCGCCUUUUGAAGUUGCCUGAAGAUGGGACAUCUUCAAGUGUUCUACAAACAGUCUAUGAUUACACUCUUAAGAGGUUUUUCUAGAUUUUUUUCAAUCCUCUAUAUUUUCGAUAUAUUAUAAUAAACUAUAAUUAUUAUUUGUACCUUCAUUCUGCUGAGGUUAAGAUGAGGGAAUCUAAAUCUCAAAAGAGGUUGUUUAUCGCCCUAUCUUAAACUUUUGGGUUUUGAUUAAGGAUUACCUCUUCUUUAGGAUGUGUAAUGUAUGUACCAAAAAGAUGGUAAGAUGAUGUAUGAGUAUGCUGUUGUGGAAUAAAGUUCUUAUUUUUGGGCAUGA